AUGGAUGCGUUUGUCACUCUUUUAUUAUCACAGCUCCCCAGUCUGAGACGCCUUUAUCUAGACAAGAAUUUUGCCCGAGAGAGCCGCCUCAUGGGCAUGAUGCUCCGUUCAGCCCUCUGCGAGGAGUCCCAACAUAGCCAUCUCCCUUCCUUUACACAUCUCCAAGAUGUGUCAGUUGUGUAUCCCGGCCUUGGUCUCCACAUUCGCAGGUUCACGGACGUCAGGAACUCGGCAGAUGUCCUCCCGCUCUUCUACUUGCCGUCGGUUGAACAGAUAACGACCUUAGUUGAUAACCCUGCUGCCACUUUCAUGUGGCCCGGGAAAGAUCCACCAAAAUCAUCAAAACUGGCGUCGCUCGACUUGACGAUGUUGCGCGAAGGACCUCUCGGUCAAGUGUUAUCAGUCACCCGAGGGCUUCGGAAGCUUCAAUGGGAUUGGUACUACCGCGAAGAUCUCCAAGAUGAUUCUGUCACGGAUAUUAUCAAUUUGGACCAAAUCGCCGCGGAUCUAUCUCACGUUCAAGAAACCUUGACAGACUUGACUAUUACGGCAGCGACAGACCUCGCAGAAGCAGCCCCUGAACACCCGGAGGUCACAUUCCGCGGGUCUUUUAAAACUUUUAGUGCACUCCAGAUGCUGAAAAAUCUGGAAGUUCCAAUUCCAUUUCUGCUUGGAUUUUCUCCAUUGGAGCCUAAUGUAGUUGGCCUAGGGGAAGCACUUCCCAAAAACAUCGAAUGGCUGACCGUCACUGACGAUCUAUGUCUCCAGCGAGAAUGGGAAUGGGCGUACGAGACUGAAUACCUAUUGAGGGCUGUUAGAUCAUGGCUACAAGACUGGAAGCGAUUCACGCCUCGCCUCCGGGGAUUUCGCCUGUUGUCGAGGAUAUACAAAGUCCGGGAUUGGGACCCUGAGUUGAGAGAGGGGCUCAGAGACAUGGGUGCCCAGGCAGGAAUUCAGGUUCAAAUAAUAAGAGAAGAACUCAAGUGA